AUGACAAAAUUAUUUAUAAUAUUAUUUGUCCUUGCAAUCGUAACAAAUGUUCAUGCCGUCGCUGUGGGCGUAAACAAUUUACAAACUCGUGAUGGAGGUGAUCCGAUUACUGCCGUAGUAUUAAAUGAAACAGUUUUCUGUUCCUUUCUUCCACGACCUCCCGGUCAAGACAUUGGCAUUAGUGAAAGUGAUGCUGUCGUUUUCUGCUCUGCACAUUUCGUGCAAUUUCCUAAUGUUAAUAUUUUCCCGGAUGGAUUUAUCCAAACAAUGUACUACGAAUCUGGAAAUGGUUAUGUCCAAAUCACUGGACUCAUUAAUGGAGCUGUAUACACGAACCCAAAAGACGAAGGUGGUCAAUAUGACACUAAAGCUCCUGUUGGUGCGAGUUGUUAUGGAUAUGAUUCAUUUGUAAACCUUGUCGAACCUCAAAUUACUGGCAAGGAAUUUGGUCAUUUUUGUAUUC